GGAACAGCUGACCGUGCUGUGGGUGGUGCGAGCGACUGCUCUCUAUUUCGAACAGUUGCAAACCCGUUAGCAAAAUAAUCGAGACACACCAUUCUGAAAUUUAGUACUUCUUAGGCAUCGAUAAUCAGUAACACCACAAUAUGGCUGAAACGGACCCCAAGUCGGUGCAGGACCUUACCAAUGUGGUUCAGACUCUGCUGCAACAGAUGCAGGACAAGUUCCAGACCAUGUCAGACCAGAUCAUCGGGAGGAUUGAUGAAAUGAGCACGCGUAUUGAUGACCUGGAGAAGAACAUCGCUGACCUGAUGACCCAGGCUGGUGUUGAAGAGAUUGAGGCAACACCGGAAAAGGCUAAAGAGGGUCAAGGCUCAUAAUGAAGGUCCCAAAGUAACCGGGUGUGAAGUUGGUCCUAUAUUCAGGAGCAGCAGGCUUUUCCAUUCUGAAAAUGAGUUCCAUUGAUUUGGUGUGUCGUAGUGUGAAAUGCUUUUUUAUAUACUGAAUAUUGUGAUAAACGGUUACAGUUAUGUAAUGACUUGAAAAGUUGAACGUUAUUUGUAAGCUAGAAUAGUGUGAUAUGCCCUUCAGAAACUAAAAUGCUAUUUGCCGGAAUGCAGCUUAUGGAUUUUGUGCACUGACCUGGAGGUUACUUUGCUGCCAUCUUAUAUCGUAAUUAAAUCUGAUGAGGUGGUGGCUUAUGGAGACAGUUUUGCCCUAGCCUGUGUACAACCCUCAGGUUAACAGGCCAGUAGAGCCUCCAUCCUUACCAACAUGGGAAUGGGCAGUGUGAGGCCUGCAGUGUUUUACAAACAGCAUUGUUACUACCAAGCUGUGGGAUGCAUUCCAAUUCUGAAUUCUAUUAAAGCUAUUUAAUACAAA